AUGCUUGCACCAUCUUGGGACUCCCCACCACUUUCACCAGAGGUCCAGCCAUCUGCUGCUGAUCAACAAUGGGAGGCACAACAAGCAAGUCAUUCCAUGCCAUCCUUGGCCACCAUUGCCCCCAGCUGGGAUUCACCAACAUCUUCCCUGGCAGUCUCACUGCCACCUAGAUCAUUGCCAGCAUCCACACAAAUUCCACCAACUGUGCCAUCUCCCCCAGAGCAUGGAUGGAUGGAUGAGCAGUCAGAUGAUGCAGCAGCCUCUGAGCCACAGCCCAUCCUGGCUACAUCACAGCAACCAUCUCCAUGGCCUAUGGCCACCAAUGCUGCUGCUGUGACUUGGGUAUACAAGGAAUUCAUGAUGAAGGGCCAAUUACAACAUCAGUGGAAAAAGCAUAGUGGCUUGCAGUUCUUCUCUCAGGACCAGCUGAUGAGCACCUGCCCCAUCUUAACACCACCACAAAUGGGCCAAUUGUUGUGGCCUACAACCACUACAGCAAUAUAUUGGUGGAAUCAAGCAUCCAGUUUCACCUGUUGCUUGCAAGGAGAGCACAGCUGGCAAGGACCCAGCAAUACAUACAAGAUUUGA